CCACCGCGGAUCUGACUGGAGUUGCUCAUUCUUGGUUUGGCUGGGCUUCCAGCGGAAACUCCCCAGCCAGCCUACACAGUCACUACGAUAGCUGAACCUCACAUUCCCGCCAACGCCUUCAUCUCACCACACUUAGCAGCGCCAGGGCACAACGCCCUGUCAUUCCUGAUACAAUGGCACCGCUCAUACCAACCCUGGCGGCUCAUGCUCGCAGUAUUCUCUCUUCCGCCGCGGCAACCCGCACACAAGCCGUCCAGACAGCCUCAGACCAUCUCUCUCAAAUCGGGCCCCUCGCCGCUCGUGCCAUCCUGCUCGCCCGAGAUGACGACGACAAAGAUGACGGCAAAAACAAAGACCCUCAGGCCGUCAACCCCUCCAUUGGCGUCACAGAUCCCAACAACAUCAACAACGUCGGCAUAUUCGUCCUAUUCGGCCUGAUCGGCGUCGCCUUCGUCGUCACGGGCAUCUGGUUCUUCUUCUGGGCCAAGAACGGCGGCUUCUACUUCAAGCAAGAUGACUGGGAGGACUACAAGUCGACGGUGCUGCGCCGCAAGGGGCCCAACGGCACGCUCCUGUCGGGCGCCACCCCCAGCACAAAUCUGGGCGGCGGCUCCGUGUACAAGGACGUCGACGAUGGUAGCACAGAGUACACGGGCGGGUUGACGCAGAUGACGGGUGACACGGGCGAUACCAUGAGCACGCUGACGGGGAUCACGGCCGGGCCCUCUGACAUUGCGGGCCGCGAGCGUCGCCGUCGCCAGCGCGAGAAGAAAGAGCGAGAGCACGAGAAGCGCCGCGAACGCAAAAAGGGCAGGCGCAAGGUCGGCGAGGACGGCGUGCUAAUCGACGAGGAGGCCGAAGAGGACGCGAAGCGGAACCUGCGUGCGUACAGGAGCGAGCGCGCGGCGCGCGUGGGCGGUCUCAACGGGCAGUCCGAGGGUUCAGAGUGGGACGGCUCGACGAACCCGGAGAUGUCGACCGUAUCGGGCGCCGAGUCUCUGCUAUACAACAGACAGAGCACGCCGACGUCGACCCCGACAAAGGACAAAGACAGCAGGGAGAAGCGCAGAAGCAGUCGACGGGAGAAGGAGAAGCAGCGAGAGAACCACGAUGCGGCGCCGAGCGAGACGACGUACGACAACAGCACCCAGGCCUCGAAGAAUAACACCACGACCAGGAAAGCAGGGGGUAUCCGCAAAGUCUACAGCACGGCCGACCGGACCAACAUGCGCGAGCAGGAGCGUCUGCGCGCCGAAGCCCGGCGUCUCGCGGAGAAAGGCCGCGCGGCAGCCGCUUCCACCGUAUCCUCGUCCUCCUCAUACCAGUACCAACCAUCUUCGCACCGGCGCGACUUCAGCUAUCAGCGCGCGGACCUUCGGAACCCAGGGAGCGCCAUCGCGGAGGAGGCCGAGACGAACUCCCUCAUGAUGGGCCACGAAAACAACAACAAUAACAAUAACAAUAACACUACCGGCGGGAGAUACCUCCCCGCGCCGUCAUCAUGGAAUCCCCCGCCCCAAGAGAGCGAUAUCGCCGAUUACGCCAACACGGAGGAUCUAGGGACGAAGUCGUACCGCUGCUACAUCCCCGGGCUAUCCUCCGAGGCCGCGGCCACGGAGAGUCUCGUCAGCGGCAGUUCGUCCGAGCAGCAGCAGCAGCAACAUGUCGAUAGUGAUCGCCGCGAGAGGCGCAAGAGGCGCGACGCGCAGCGCUCGAGACGGGAGUAGUAAAGAAGAUGUGAGAUAAAAAAACAUUACUGUCGGUGGUUGGCGAUUGCUCUGGCUCGGGUGGAAGGCACUAAUGAAUGAAUUGAAGAAGGAUAACUACCUUGAAAUCAAAAGACAAAAAACAAUUGAUAGAUGCGCACCCUCGAUCCUACAGCAACGUCAUGGAUGUACUUUUGAGUCAACCGACAUGGCAGAGUCUAGUCUGCUGUCAUUCUAUACUACUCGGAACUCGGCGUUUGAUGAUCGAUUGAUUGCUUGCUUGCUUCUGCCUUUUUUUCAAAUUUAUGUUUCGUACCCUUUUUCCGUUGCCACAUGCAUGUAUGGAGGGGUACGAGGUUUAAAACGUGGUUUUGAUAACGCACUGCUCAAGAAAGAAAUCUCGCGGUCUUGACGAAACCAAUACGAAGGGAGAAAGCAAAUAAAGAAAUGCAAUUGGGACUGUUUUCGCGGGAGUCUACCGGUUUAUGAAACAAUGUCAUGUAAAUUAGUACGCAGACAUGCACACACACAUACACACACAUAGAAAACGAGUUAAAUCGCAAAUUCACGGGACCGAAAACGAUUGUAUUUUGUGAAAUGUUAAUUGUCUCAACACAAGCAGUAGUAUAAAAAGGGCCAGUGGAAUAGACCUCUUGCCUAAGUUG